GAUACAACUCAACCAACCAUAACAUUUACAGUUUCAAGAGCAGAACUUGAAAUUCUGAACAGUUCUUUAAUUUGGAGACCGUUCAAUGUCCUUGAACACAGGAAUCUGAAUAUCCCGCCUAUGGAAUGCCUCAGUGGCCGGAGACCAUGUCUUCAUCCGACGCUGCUGAACCCAGCCGUCUGAUUGGCUUACACGGAAGGUGUCAAACUCCGAGAAGUGGCGCGGGUUUUGUAUUUUAUGCUCUACGGUGGCGGGAGAUGAGAAGUUCCACUACUUUUGAGAAUUAAUCAAAUUAGCUUAGUGGUUUGAGUUUAUUUCUAUCUCCAAAUAUCAAGCUUGCUUCGGGAGGAGAAGGACAACGCAAAUGGAUGAUUUUGGGGUCUACGUUGUUUUGGGAGUGAAUGAUGCGCCCCUAAAGCUCCUAUGUGCAAACGGGUCAGCCCAGUUUUCCGUUGCAGUACCACCGAGUUCCCAGCAGGUGGUGCUGUUUUCCAGGGGGCGAUGGGGAGACAGGAUCUGCGUCAACGCAGAACUCAACGACUCCGACAGAGUUCCAAUCACCAUAGGAAAACUGACACCUUAUAAUAGGUGUUUAACAUGGGAGCAGUGGGAAGAGGAGAGCUGGACAGAGGGAGUGAUGUUAACUGUCAGCUUGGAAGGAGGACACCUGGCCAAAGGGGAUAUGAUGAACCUUGACCUCACUCUGUCCAUGAAGGAGUACACCCCAGAGAGCGCUGGGGCCCCUUCCCCUGUUAGGGAGGGGAAGAGAAAGAGGGGACAAACGGGGGAAGAUGUUGAGGAAGAGAACAGAGGGAAGGAGAACACGUGUCCCAUCGAAGUGGUGUCGUCAUUUUCAGAGAAGUCAACCCCCCUCAGAAAGGUCAGAGGUCAGAGCAGAGGAGGUCAGACCAGACUGUUCCUCCAGAGUGAGGGUCAGGAAGGUGCGGGUCUCACCCCUCAGAACACUCCUCCACCGAGGGGCAAGGGUAGACCGGCCAAGACACCCACUACACAGACUGCCCCAUUGGUCAACCCGUCGGGCCGCUGGGGUCAGAGCCUGUGCCCCAUCGACCCCCAGACAGCCAUUCUGAUUGGAGGCCAGGGAUCCAGGAUGCAGUUCUGCAAGGACCCCAUGUGGAAGCUGUGCACUGAGGACAUGUCAUGGGUUCCCGCGGAGACGCUGGCAGAAGGCCCCACCCCCGAGGCCCGGAUUGGCCAUACUGCGACCUACGACCCUGAUUCCAAAAGAAUCUUUGUGUUCGGGGGUUCUAAGAACAAAAAGUGGUUCAACGACGUUCACAUCCUAGAUACACAGAGCUGGAAGUGGAGCACAGUGGAGGCCCAGGGAAAAGUACCUCCAUUAGCCUAUCACAGCUGCAGCAUGUUUCGGGGUGAACUAUUUGUCUUGGGAGGGGUGUUCCCUCGCCCUCACCCUGAACCCGACGGCUGCAGUGACUCCCUCUACAUCUUCGACCCACAUCUCUCCAUUUGGUACCAGCCCAUCGUCACAGGCGACAAGCCCGCCCCCCGCUCAGGUCACUCGGCCUGCGUUACCCAGGGGAAGAUCUAUGUGUUCGGAGGCUGGGACACUCCACUCUGUUUCAACGACAUGUACAUGCUUGACCUGGGACUGAUGGAGUUUUCAUCUGUUCAGACCAAUGGAUCACCUCCCUCUCCUCGCAGCUGGCAUGGUUGUGUGCUACUCUCUGACUGUACGUUUGUGGUCCACGGGGGAUACAAUGGGAACCAGGCCCUCAAUGACACCUUUACCUUCAACACAGACACCAACACCUGGACUGAACUGGUUCACCCACAGCUCUCCGUGUCCAGAGCUGGACAUUCCAUCAUCACCAUGGCGCUAGCCAAUCAAAACCUUUCAUUCAAGGAUGACGGCAAAGAAGGAAACUCCGACCGUACCCCCAAAACCCUGCUGGUAUUUGGAGGGGGCGACAACGAGGGGAACUUCUAUUCCGACCUGACGACCCUGACUGUCGCUGAACUGCUGGACCAGAAGUAAUGCUGUGUUCAUAACCAAUUGGGAAUUUACCCACGUACACCUGGGAAAAAUCCACUUGAAGGCCUCUCCAAAAGGUCAUUACUGGUGGGACACUUGUAUAUUAUCCCUGAGCUCCGACUUCUCUCACAUUCUGACCUCCCUUAAGUAAGGAAAUGACCCCAAUAACCGCAAUUUCGGCAGCUAAACGCAAUAACUAAACAUUAUUUAUAAAAAGCUAUCUAUUCAUGUUUUUUUAAUUUUUUUUACCACUAUCAUUUGUUUGUGAGCAUGAUAACAGUACUUAUAGUUUUGUGGUUGACGCAGCUUGUUUGCCAUUAGCCAAUCAAAGUUCAAACCAGUUGGAUUUAUUCACGUGCUAUUUACAUUUAAGUCAUUUAGCAGACGCUCUUAUCCAGAGCGACUUACAAAUUGGUGCAUUCACCUUAUGACAUCCAGUGGAACAGCCACUUUACAAUAGUGCAUCUAAAUAUUUUAAG